AUGGGUAUUCAAAAGAAACAUGGUAAAGGUCGUCUCGAUAAAUGGUAUAAACUUGCCAAGGAGAAAGGAUACAGAGCCAGAGCUGCGUUCAAAUUGAUUCAAUUGAAUAAAAAAUAUGGCUUCUUGGAGAAGAGUAAAGUUCUGCUGGAUCUUUGCGCUGCGCCUGGAUCAUGGUGCCAAGUCGCUGCAGAGACUAUGCCAGUGAGCAGUUUGAUCGUUGGUGUAGAUCUCUCUCCCAUCAAGCCAAUUCCUCGAGUUAUUACGUUCCAGAGUGAUAUUACGACGGAGAAAUGUCGCGCGACUAUUCGUACACAUUUCAAAUCCUGGAAGGCAGACACAGUGUUGCACGACGGAGCUCCAAACGUUGGUACUGCUUGGGUCCAAGAUUCCUUCAACCAAGCGGAGUUAGCCCUUCAAUCGUUGAAGCUUGCAACGGAAUUCCUCGCGCCAGGAGGUACUUUUGUCACAAAGGUUUUCAGGUCCAAAGAUUACAAUAGUCUGCUCUGGGUUUUCAAUCAAUUGUUCACCAAGGUCGAAGCAACGAAGCCUCCCUCGUCCAGGAAUGUUUCCGCGGAAAUUUUCGUUGUGUGUCAAGGGUUCAAGGCGCCAAAGCAUCUUGAUCCCAAAUUUGUCGACCCUCGACAUGUUUUCGCAGAACUCUCCGAUCCCACACCCAACAACGAGGCCAAGGUUUUCAACCCCGAAAUCAAGAAGAGGAAGAGAGAUGGUUACGAAGAUGACAAUAUGACACAAUUCAAGGAAAUUCCAGCUAGCGAGUUCAUACAAACAACCGAUCCAAUUGCUAUUCUUGGUAGCAUGAAUCGACUGAGCUUUGUGCAACCACCAAAUGGAGAUGUAGCUCUAGCUGCACUGGAUAAAUUACCAGAAACAACGGAUGAAAUUCGUAACGAUUGUGCAGACUUAAGAGUGCUUGGAAGAAAGGAGUUUAGAAACCUUUUGAAAUGGGGUCUGAAAGUACGGGAAAAGUUUGGUUUUACCACCCUCAACGCCGCAAAGGCGGAGACGGAAGAGGUAGCUGAGUAG